GCUCUAAGCCCUAACACCCAGAUUAGCAAUGGAUAAUAUGUUAUAAAGAUGCCUAAAUCAAAGAUCGACAAAAGAAAUAUAAAGAACCGAAAGUCCAGCUCAGACUAUCCGUGUGGUAUUUGCGAUGAAGAGGUAGGAGACAAUGACGAUGGUAUUUUCUGCGAGAGUGGGUGCGACUUGUGGUACCACAGAACUUGUACUGGCAUGACUACUGAUGCUUACAAACUCCUUACAACCGAGGUAGACGCUGAGUGGGCCUGUGAUAACUGCAUAGUUAGGGGAGGAGUAAAACUUGUUAUCAGAAAACCUGACUCCCCUUACAACGUGUUCGUUCCCUCUAACGGACCUGACAACGAUAAGAGAUCAAAGCGGAACGGAAAAAGUAAAUGAGAGGACUUUGCUGUUUUGUUAUCAGUUUAAAAGGUCAAUUGCACUAGCUGCAAUAAAUUAUUUGUUUAAAGUUUCUGUUAACUUCAGAACUGUGGAAGUUUCCAAGUUAUGAUUUCUGAUCAGUUCUGUACAUUGUGUAUGAUAUCAGAAGUUUUGUAAAUUAUCCAACCGCUUUGCAUUUAUCGGGACUCGCCCAUUUUUCUCCUAAAUUCAUUAUAUUCAUAUUUUAUCAUUUGUGUAACAUAAUAUUGAAAGAUUGUUAAUUAUUAUUAUAUUUUACUCUGAUUGUAAAGUCGGUCGUAU